GCUCCGCAGCCGCUCCCCGGAGUCGGACGCAGACGUUCUCCGCCGGCUGCAGCCAUGGCCUCAGCUGCCGCCGCCACCACGGCCGUGAAGAUUGGAAUAAUUGGUGGAACCGGCCUGGAUGACCCAGAGAUUUUAGAAGGAAGAACCGAAAAAUAUGUGGAUACACCAUUUGGCAAGCCAUCCGAUGCCUUAAUUUUGGGGAAGAUAAAGAACGUUGAUUGUGUCCUUCUUGCAAGGCACGGGAGGCAGCACAGCAUUGUGCCUUCCAAAGUCAACUACCAGGCAAACAUCUGGGCUCUGAAGGAGGAGGGCUGUACCCAUGUCAUUGUGACCACAGCCUGCGGCUCCCUGAGAGAGGAGAUCCAGCCCGGUGACAUCGUUGUCAUCGAUCAAUUCAUCGACAGGACCACCACGAGGCCUCAGACCUUCUAUGAUGGGAGCCGUUCCUGUGCCCGAGGAGUGUGCCACAUUCCAAUGGCAGAGCCAUUCUGCCCCAAGACCAGAGAGGUCCUCAUGGAAACUGCCAAGAAGCUAGGACUCCGAUGUCACUCGAAGGGGACAAUGGUCACAAUCGAGGGUCCCCGGUUUAGCUCCCGAGCUGAAAGCUUCAUGUUCCGUACCUGGGGGGCGGAUGUGAUCAACAUGACCACGGUUCCAGAGGUGGUUCUUGCGAAAGAGGCUGGGAUUUGCUAUGCCAGUAUCGCCAUGGCAACCGAUUAUGAUUGCUGGAAGGAACACGAGGAAGCGGUUUCCGUGGACAGGGUCCUAAAGACCCUGAAAGAAAAUGCCAACAAAGCCAAAAGUUUACUCCUCACCGCCAUACCACAGCUCGGGUCCAUGGAAUGGUCGGAAACCCUCCGGAACCUGAAGAAUACAGCCCAGUUCUCCGUUUUAUUGCCAAGACAUUGAAAUGGUGUGCUGCCCAGAAGAAAAGAUGACCCUCAUUCUAGUCACUCUGGGAAUUCCUGCUGAACUUGAAAGAAAAUGGAAAAGACAGGCCGUUUCCGUGGCCUUCCUACUUAGAGAACAUGUGAGAAGACAGAAAAGAAAUUGCACAUUUAGAGAUUCCUCAUACAAGACUUAGGAUGCUUCUUAAAACAAGAAAAAUAAACGACCUGCAGAAAAAAAGAAUCUGACAUUUUAGGAAAAGAGACCAAGAGGUGCCAGGCCCCCUCCCCUGUUAGAUCAACAACAAAGGAGGGGAGUGGGUUUGAGGGGUAACACCCAGUUUUCCAUGUUGCCAAGCAUGGAAAGACGCAGGUGGACUCUUGGGCUAUUUAUUGAUGUGGCUGUAAAUUGGUACAAAUUUCUGGAGAGAGAGCAGUUUGAUAAAGCAUAUCAAGAUGCUUUAAAAAAAUAGACUCUUUGAGCUGAUAAUUUGUAAGAAUUUAUCUUUUCCAAAUUGUCAGCGAUGCGUAAGAGGAAUUUUUUUUUCCAAAGAAGGAUGUUCAACAGCGUUAGGUAUAAUAGUCCAAAAGCUGAGCAAGCUGAAUAGUCAACAAUUAAAGGUACAUGCGGGUUAACUUUAAUGAGGUUUCGAAGCAGCAAGGAGAGAUCACAUUUCCACGUAAUAUGUAAUGUUCGGAAGAAAACAUCCUGUUAAUAGGAAGUUUCAAAGAAAGGAUACGUAAGCAUUUACAUUACUAACUUUGCUUUAAAAAUCUCUGUAACCAUCCAGAAUGACUAGAAAGAAUUAUAGACACUCUUUUAUCCUGUUUAGAGGAGGGCCAUUGGGUAAUCUUUGUUUUCUUUCAUUUUCUUGUAUUUUCACCUUUUUCUACAAUAAAUGUAAAGCUGAUUUAGAAAUCAGAAUGGACUGGGAAAGAUCCCAUUCUUUAGAACACAGUGUCUGGUGAUGAUGGCACAUUGAAGGGGGGGUGGUACCAGGAAGCGUUCUCUUUGAGAAAGUGACGUCCUUAUUCCAUUGUAAACGAGGCUUAUUAACGGAUACACAGAACGGUACUACACAGAGUGCUCUCGAAGGAAAUGACUCCUUUAUUCCACAGAACAAAAGAUGAUUGUUAUUGAAUGCCUAGAACCAUACUUAAUUUGCCAUGACUUCCCAAGGAAGGCUGGAUAUUUAAUACUCAGUCUAAAAGGUAACUGCUUUAGAAACGAUAGACACACAUUAUAGUGUGUCAAGUUUGUUUUUGUUUUGUUUAAUAUUUGACUUUUUGUUUCUACUUUGAGUUGGUGGAUUAAAUUACGUGAGUUGCAGAGUUUGCUUUAUUAAUGAAAAAAGAGAUGCUUCUUUUUCCACUAUGUUUGCUAGUAUUAAUUUUGUGACUGGAAAGCUUUCUAUUAAGAGAGAUGCCUUCCCCUUUGGGAGUAUUAUACUUCUCUUCAGUGGUCUAUCUUUUUGUCUAUUUAAAGAGUCUAUCAAAACUGUGUUUGUGUCUAAGAGAUUGCCUUGAAGACGAGCUGCUGCUCGUUGUUGAUAAUAAAAUCAGCGUCAACCCUC